GCUGCUGAUCUGCGCUAUUCUGUGACGCGGUUCUGUGGGCGGGUCCAUCAGUGUUUAAGCGCACACACACACACACACACAUUCACAGCGAACGUCUGCGCUCUCACACUCAUCCACAUCAUCAUCGGAUCUGAUCGCACUCGACUGUUUCUCACGGUGGAGAGGAUGCUGUCGCCACGGUGACUCCGUCAGCUCUGUGAUUGGCUCGUUCUGUGUGUGUGUAAUCAUGGCGAAGAGUCCAGAGGUGAAGCUGGCCGUGUUUGGGAGAGCAGGAGUUGGAAAGUCAGCUCUGGUGGUUCGGUUCCUGACUAAACGCUUCAUCUGGGAGUACGACCCUACACUCGAGUCCACCUACCGCCAUCAGGCCAAUAUCGAUGAUGAGACCGUCAGCAUGGAGAUUCUGGACACCGCCGGACAGGAGGACGUGCUUCUGAAAGAGGGUCACAUGCGUUGGGGCGAUGGGUUCAUCCUGGUCUAUGACAUCACGGACCGCGGGAGCUUCGAGGACGUAGCUCCGCUGAAGUGCCUCCUGGACGAGGUCAAGCGGCCCAAACACGUGCCUCUGGUGCUGCUGGGAAACAAGGCGGAUCUGGAUCACGCCCGGCAGGUGGCCACGGAGGAGGGCGAGCGGCUGGCGGCGGACAUGGCCUGUGCGUUCUACGAGUGCUCGGCGUGCUCGGAUCAGGUGGGGACGGGUGGAGGUGUGGCGGAGGCGUUUCACGAGCUCUGCAGGGAGAUCCGCCGCAGACGCGCCGUUCAGGGCAAGACCCGGCGCCGCAGCUCCACCACACACGUCAAACAGGCCAUCAACAAGAUGCUGACCAAGAUCAGCAGCUAGAGCAUCUCUGGAUAUAUAUAUAUAUAACCCUCAGAUCCUCAGAGAUCAGGAUGAGUUUGUGUCUUCAUCAGGUUUGUGGAAAUAGCACUGCAUCAGUGUCUCAUCAAUGGAUGCUCUGCAGUGAAUGGGUGCCGUCGGCUGAUA